AUGGGUCCUAAAACCCUCAACCUAUCGCAAAAAACUUCCGACUUUGAUGAAAAUGCCAACAAAACAGAGACGAAUGAGGAUAUUAAUCGACUGCAGCUUAUAUCCUCGUCAGAUCAUGGCAACCACAUAUUGCCUAUGUCGGAGCACGAAACUACUGUGUUCUCGAGAGUGUCGCCGGUCAGAGGACAAUGUCUGAUUAUUCAAGGACUUCCCGAAUCCACAGCUGGUGCCUCCAAAGAGCGGUUCUCGGCAGACCUGAAACUCUUCCAAUGCCUACUCAACGAACUUCUGCGCCCCAAUGAGGAAGUUUCGGUUCUCAAGGCCUUUAGGCUUGGAAAGCGCUCAAUCGAUAUAUCAGAGCACUCACGUCCCCGACCACUCAAGAUUGUGUUAGCCAACCAAGAACAAGUAGGACUUAUUCUCUCACGACGUUUCCGAAUCAAAGACACCAACCGCGGCGUUUUUUUUCAGCCGGACUACACACCGGCAGAGAGAAUAAAACGUCGACAAUUAGUUCUGGAACUGAGAACAAGGUUGCAGAAUGGCGAGACGGAUCUUGUAAUCUACAACAACCAGAUAGUGCAGCGCCCUCCCCUAAUCCGUUGGACCGAACCGAUCCGGAUGAGGGCACAGUAGCUUCCUUAAAUGGGAUCACAAGCGGCACCAUAAUCAAACGCCCCAAAACUCUGAAACUAACAUUUUUUACACCAACGUGCAGAGUAUAUUGCCCAAGUUAGACGAACUGAAGAUCCACAUCUGUGACCUUUCCCCUGGCAUUGUCUCUUUGACAGAAACCUGGCUGUCUGAAAACGUGGAUGACCGCGAAUUAAUGCUACCAGUAUUUCAGCUGUUUCGAAGAGACAGGAGAGAGCGUCAGGGAGGAGGAGUCGUCACGUACGUAAAACACGGCCUGCUUGUGUCAGAAAAAACAGAACAGUUUGCCUGCUGCGCCGAGACUAUCUGGCUCAAUAUAAGGGUACCAGGAUCACAUAGCCUUGAAGUUCUGACCGUCUAUCGACCACCGAGGAGUGACCCCGAGGCUGACGCUCGUCUGUUAGAGGAGCUAGGACGAUUUGCUCUCCGGCCUGACGUCCUAAUCAUGGGCGACUUCAAUGCACCGCUCAUUGAUUGGAGUUCACUAUACGCGCGCGGCCCAGAACUAGCUUUCGACCGACGCUUCUUGGACAUGGCACUCAGGUCAUUUCUCACACAGCACGUCCUAUUUCCCACGAGGGUCCGUGAGGGGCAGCAGUCAAACUGCUUGGACCUGGUGCUCACGAAAUCGAUGGACAGCAUAGAUGAGGUGCAAUGUCUGCCUCCCUUAGGUCGAAGCGAUCACGUUGUACUUCAAUGGGACUAUUCAAUCUUUUCCGUGCCUGAACAGCCCACCAAAAUUAGAAGAAAUAUUUGGCGUGGGGACUUCGAUCAAAUGAAGGCCGAAAUCAACAAUACGGACUGGGAAUCAGCGUUUUCCGGAAAUAUAGAGGAGGAUUGGAAAUGGUUCAGUGAAUUAUUGCAUGCUCUCCUGACAAACCACUGCCCGCUUUCACGGAAGGGGCUAAACAAACGACCCCGGUGGCUGACCCAGGCGUUAAAAAAGGAAAUAAAUAAAAAACGGAGAUUGUGGCAGAAAUCUCUUACUGAUGGGACUCCUGUAUCCAUUAACGCAUACAAAAUACAGAGGAACUUAGUCAAGCGGCUGACCCUCAGGACACGGCAAAAUUUUGAAAAAGACCUAUUGAAUCGUGCUAUGGAAAAUCCAAAAUUAUUCUACAGCUACAUAAGAAGCAGCACACGAAACAGAGAUCCAAUCCCCCUCCUGAAGACUAGCGGAGACGAAGAGAUCAGUGAGGAUGGAGAAAAAGCUGAGCACUUUUCACAAUUUUUCAAAUCCAUCUUUACUAGUGAAAGUCCAUUUACUCCCCCCGACUACGACUUCGAUGAGGGUCCAAAAAUCGAGUCUGUGUCUUUUGAUGAAGCGACGGUUCGCAAAGAGCUAAUGACGUUAAAUGAGUCGAAAUCACCAGGUCCAGACGACAUACCGCCUAAGUUACUGAAGGAGCUCGCUGCCGAACUAGCCAAACCAUUGUCCAUGCUUUUCCAAGCCUCGUUCGAAGCCGGCGGCUUGCCCGCCGACUGGAAAUCUGCGCGGAUCACACCACUGCAUAAAGGAGGCAGCAAGGCCUCUGCAAACAAUUACAGGCCAAUUAGCCUCACUUCCAUCUGCUGCAAACUCAUGGAGAAAAUAAUCAAGCGAGAGCUGAUGCGCUUCCUAGAGCAACACAAUUUAUUAUCUGAUGCGCAGCAUGGGUUUCGUAGUGGCAGGUCUUGCGUGACUAACCUGCUCAACUGUUUGGAACGUUGGACUCGGUCAGUUGAUGAAGGCAGUGCGCUGCAUGUAGUCCAUAUCGACUUUAAAAAGGCAUUUGAUAGUGUCCCACAUCAGCGACUCCUGCACAAACUGAGCCGAACAGGCGUUAGGGGUAACCUCUUAAAAUGGAUUCAAAGUUUCCUGUUAGACCGUUGUCAAACUGUCCAUGUCGGUGGCCAGAAGUCGACGGAGGUUGCCGUUGAAAGCGGUGUUCCCCAAGGCUCAGUUCUUGGCCCUACUUUGUUCAUCAUUUACGUCAACGAUUGCGUGAGUGAACUGGAGUGUGGUGUCGCCAUGUUUGCGGAUGACAUUAAGCUCUGGAGCGUCCUUCGAACUGCAGAUGACGAAGAGCAUCUGCAGGCGAACCUAAAUCGACUCCAACAGUGGUCAAAGGCCUGGCUUCUGCCGUUCAACGAGAAAAAGUGUAAUAUUCUACGAGUCGGCAGAGCUCGCUCUCCGAACCAUAUGGCCUACUGCCUAAAUGGUAUACCACAGCAAGAAGUGGACUCGCAGAAGGACUUGGGAGUAUGGAUUACGACCUCGCUCAAACCCUCUCUGCACUGCACGAAGAUAGCCAAGUCUGCAAUGUCAGUCCUCUACCUUGUCAAGCGGGCUUUCUCUGCCUUUGACGAAGACUGCUUCGCUAAAGUCUUUCGAACUUUUGUGCGUCCGCAACUAGAAUUUGCUAUCCAAGCUUGGAGACCCUGGACCGCGAAGGACCUCAGCAUCCUUGAAAGGGUUCAAAGGCGUGCAACGAAACUUGUGGCAGGACAGGGUUCACUACCAUAUGCAACGCGGUUAGCUAACCUUCAUCUCUUUCCCUUGAGUUACAGGCAGUUACGGGGUGACCUGAUACAAGUCUUCCGUAUCAUACGCGGUCAGGACUGCAGCCUCGUACCGGGUGACUUCUUCGAGUUAGCAACCACCACAAAUCUACGAGGCCAUCCAUUCAAACUACGUGUGACAGGGGCCAGACUGGACACACGAAAGUUAUUCUUCUCCAACAGAGUGGUAGAAGCCUGGAAUGCCCUGCCUGUGGAUGUUGUUACGUCUGCUUCCGUCGAGGUUUUUAAGAGGAAGCUGGAUUUGUGUAGCAGUGUGCACUAA